GAAGUGUUCAAACGAAGUAGCACACAAUACCUCGCAAAAGACAAAGUAGCACAAUCAUAAACAUAAAAUAUGCUACCGUCGUCAUGAUUCAUUUUUUCCCGUAGUUGUACAUUGUCUUGUUUGCCUUAGCCGCCACAAAAGAAAAAAUGAUCCUCACGUGCACGCGCUGCCAUUAGGAUGACCUGCACUCCUGCAGAUUUUUAAUUUACCAAUGAUCACUAUACUUAAGCUGAACAAAGUUCAAUCUUGUCCCCAUCAUUAUUCGGGAGUAGGAGAAAAGAUGUCUCCUUUGGUGCUCGCCGGCACCGUCGCCCUGCUUCUCGGCUUCCUCUACGUCAUCAAGAAUCACCAGAGCAAAAGCAAGCUCCCGCCGUCGCCCGCGUGGUGGCUGCCGCUGCUCGGCCACCUCCAUCUCAUUGGCCGCCUCCCACACCGCUCCCUGCACGAGCUGUACCUCCGCUAUGGCGGCGGCGGCGGGCUCCUCCUCCUGCAACUCGGGCGCCGGCGGACCCUGGUCGUUUCCACGGCCGCGGCGGCCGCCGACCUGUUCAAGAACCACGACCUCGCCAUCUCCUCCCGGCCGCACAACGCGGCGGCGCACAAGCAGACGUACGGGUCGAGGAACGUCUCGUUCUCGCCGUACGGGGACCACUGGCGCCAGGCCAAGCGGAUCGUCGUGGUGCACCUCCUCUCCGCGCGCCGCGUCGAGGCGUUCGCGCCCGUGCGGGCGGCCGAGGCCGCGGCCAUGGUAUCCCGGGCCCGCCGCGCCGCGGAGGCCGGGGAGGCCGUGGAGCUGAGGGAGCUCCUGUACGGCUACACCAACGCGGUGGUCACCCGCGCGGCGGCCGGCGCAUCCGGGACGACGGCCGAGAGGUGGAGGCAGCUGCUGGCGCACUCCGCGGCGCUGGUGGCGGGGUUCCAGGCGGAGGACGUGCUGCCGGACGCGGCGGCGAGGUUGUUGAGGCGGGCGACGGGGCUCGAGAAGAAGUUCGACGACAUGGUCGAGGAGUGGGACAAGUUCCUGUCCGAGAUAGUGGCCGAGCACAAGGAGAAGAGGCCGGGGGAGGCUGGUGACUUCAUGGACGUCUUGCUGCAACUCAGGGAAGAAGAAGAAGGCGAAGGGUUCGAACACACCGACGAUGGCAUCAAAGCCAUCGCCAAGGACAUGAUAGUCGCAGCGACCGAGACGGCAGCCGUGGCGCUGGAAUGGGCCAUGGCGGAGCUCGCCGGCAACCCGCGGGUGAUGGCCAAGGUGCAGGAGGAGAUCGCGCGCGUCGCCGGCGACGCCGAGCAGCAGGCCAUCGCGGAGGCGGAGCUCAGCAGGAUGUGCUACCUGAGAGCGGUGGUGAAGGAGGUGUUCCGGCUCCACCCGCCGCUGCCGCUCCUCCUCCCGCGCGAGUCGAUGUCCCCCGCGGCCGUGCAGGGCGGCCGCUACGAGAUCCCGGCCAAGACCACGCUCCUGGUCAACGCGUGGGCGAUCGGGCGGGACCCAGCGGCGUGGGACGCGCCGGAGGAGUUCCGGCCGGAGCGGUUUCUGGCUGCCGCCGGCGGCGGCCAGGCCCAGGCGGUGGACCUGAGGGGCACCGACUACCAGCUCCUCCCGUUCGGCGCGGGCCGGAGGAUCUGCCCCGGCAUCAACUUCGCGCUGCCGGUCCUGGAGCUCGCGCUCGCCAGCGUCCUGCGCCACUUCGACUGGGAGCUCCCCGGCGGCGCGCGCCCGGCGGAACUGGACAUGGUGGAGGCGCCAGGGCUCACGACGCCGCCGCGGGUUCCCCUUGUCCUCGUCCCCAAGUGGAAGGCUCUUGCUUAUUAGGCAUAUGCCUCACUGCAGCUUGGAUGUGGCUCCACGGUUCGUGUACGAAUUUCACAAGCUUGGAGUUGGGAACUUCAAAUUCUGCCUGAAUGGAAACCAAUUUUCAGUACUGUGAGCCGCUUGACUUAAAAGCUUGGACAUAGGAUCCUGUUGUGUGCUUGAUCAUAGCAAUGCCUAUUCUUCAGAAUUUUCAGUUAUGAAUUAGAUGAUGUUUAAAUUUAAGUUA